UGCCGCCUCCUAAGGACGCAAUUUGGACAGAGACCGGAUGAUAGGCUCCAUAUGUAUGUAGAUAGAUAUAGUUUUUUGUUUUUUGUUUUUUUUUAAAUUCUGCGAUUUAACGUUUCAACCUCAGUUUAUCUGGCCGAUUUGGAGAGGAGGGGGGGUCUGUGAACGCAUCUCGCGAUAUUCAGCAUGUGUGUUUGUGGAUCGGCAGCGGUUGAAAUGUAACGGAGCCAACUGAAAUGCAUCUCCUGGGCGCUGAACCUGCUCCAUCCCGCACACAAAGCCUCUGAAGCAGGCCUUGUGUUUUCUUUCUUUCUUUCUUUCUUUUUUUUUUUUUACUCUCACAGACACGCUGUGCUGAUGAUGCUCAAACAUGUCGGGGAAUCAAUACAAAGGCCACGAAGUCAGCUGUUGCAUCAAAUAUUUCAUUUUCGGAUUCAACAUUCUGUUUUGGCUGCUGGGCAUGGCCUUGGUUGGAAUCGGGCUGUGGGCAUGGAGUGAGAAGGGUGUCCUAUCCAACAUCUCGUCCAUCACAGACCUUGGGGGUUUGGACCCAGUCUGGCUCUUCAUGGUGGUCGGGGGGGUCAUGUUCAUCCUGGGCUUCGCCGGAUGCAUCGGAGCGCUGCGAGAAAACACGUUCCUCCUGAAGUUUUUCUCUGUGUUUCUGGGAAUCAUCUUUUUCUUGGAGCUCACUACCGGAGUCCUGGCGUUUGUCUUCAAGGACUGGAUCAAAGACCAGCUGAACUUAUUCAUCAACAACAACAUCCGGGCGUACCGGGACGACAUCGAUCUCCAAAACCUCAUAGACUUCACUCAGGAAUACUGGGAGUGCUGUGGUGCGUUCGGGGCCGAUGACUGGAACCUCAACAUCUAUUUUAACUGUACUGACGGGAAUCCCAGUAGGGAAAAGUGCGGCGUUCCUUUCUCCUGCUGCACCAAAGACCCAGCGGAGGAUGUGAUAAACACACAGUGUGGUUAUGACAUUCGAGCUAAACCAGACUCGGAGCAGAAGGACUACAUCAACGUGAAAGGCUGUGUGCCGCAGUUUGAAAAGUGGCUGCAGGAUAACCUCACCUUAGUUGCCGGGAUAUUCAUCGGAGUUGCGCUAUUACAGAUUUUCGGGAUUUGCUUGGCCCAAAACUUAGUGAGCGACAUUGAGGCUGUGCGGGCAAGCUGGGUGCCCCCCCCUCUGUCCAUGCGCCGACUCCCACCUCACUGCAGCAAGAAAGCAUCGGCUUACUACUCAUGAGACACACACACACACAUAUGCUGUAUGUGUGUAUGCAGCCGGUGGGUUUUUUUUACUUAAUGAUGAAGCGGCAUUCACAUUCUAACAGCUCCAGGUGUCUGCAGCAUGCCUCCUUGAACAUUGUGAGGGAUCAUUCAGAAAGGAGUUCACUGAUCACCUGCACCAUUUGUUCACUGAACCAGCACCUUUCCAAUGCACUAACACGUGGAAGUCUCUGUAUAUAACACUGUGUGUGAAUAUUGUGAAGACAGGGGUGGGUGGAGAGGAUGGUUCUAGAUGCACUACAUUGCCUAUCAUCACACCACGCUCGAGUUUUGAUAGCUACACAGAGCAUAGAAGUUUUGAUACAUCUUUUUGAUAUUAGAUUGGUAUUUUUCACUGUGAAAAUUAAGCUCCGUCGCUAAAGUCAUUGUCUAGGACUGAUGAUAUAGUUAUAGGCUUAUAACAAAUUUGGAAUGGGGUAAACAAGAAACAGAGGAUGUUCUUGCGUCAUGUUCCCCUCCACUACUUGUCUGAGAGAAAUUUUAAAUCUGCUGCCGCCAGACUUCUGUUGGUUUUGUUCCAGCACUUUCUUAGCUGGAUAAAUUCCCUUUUUCUACCCACUGAAUAGUUUGUUUUUAUCAACAAAUCUGUUGAAGUGAUCUUUCACAAAAUUGUCAUUUCCAGUCGUAUUGUCAAACACCAAUGCAUAUUUUGUGAGUACUGUUGAGAUGGCUGUGAAGUAUGCUAAUUAUUUUCCAGAUACUAACCCAAAGUGAAAGAGGAAAGGAAUACAUUUCUAACCCAACCACUCAACUUAAAGAGUGACUACUCAGUUAACUUGCAAAGAGGGAUCGUCCUUAAUAAAUGGAUGCAGCAUUUUGCUUGUACAGUCUGAGUUCCCCUUUCUGAUUCAAGCAGUUUUAUGUCCUCAAUGUACUAUAAAGUGCUAUAGUUGGAUGUGUCACGACUGUAAUUCUUAUACCCAUGCAGGUCUUGAAGGUUCAGGGGUGAAAUCUGGUCAUUUCCAUCUCCAAAAAGUUUGAAGUUUGAGAAGUCUAGCCAAGUAAAGAAAACCACUGUUGAGUCCUGACACAAGUUAUGACUACUCAAUUUAUGUAGUUGGAGAGGUACUGUCAUUAUACCCAGGGUGGCAAAUUAAAUGCUUCCAGUUUUGAAUUGUUGUUAAUUUAAUUGCCCUUUAGCUGAGACCUAAACUCAGCAAAGCGAACAUCGUCAUACACUUUGCUCUUUCCCCUCAUCCUUUCUCCACCUUUUCUAAAAUGAUCUGUAAGGUUGCUAUGUUGUUUUCAUUGUUUGCUGUUCUUACAGCUUCUGCACGUCUUUUUACAUCACAGAACUAGAGCAUAUUUCAUUUAACCUGCCACUGUGUCUGGUGGAGUAAGAAAAUCUUGUCACCACUGUGAAUAUUUACCUGCAUUUGGCGAAUGCUGGGUGAUAAUUUGCCACCCUGAUUACACCUAUCGUGGUAAUUGUGCAGAAUCUCCAUGUACAAAGUGAUACGGCAUAGCUGUCAAUAUUGGCCAUGAGUUUACAUUAUACUGAACACCCACCAGAAUCUUUAAACCCAGUGCAGAAAGUGAAGACUGGAAAAAGUCUGGGAUUUUGGAAUUUCUGGAAUGGUCUGAUCAACAUCCCUGUUUGAGGGCUUUUCAACAGAUGCCUGCUGAAAGCAAGCAUCGCAAUUGGUCAUUUUGCCUGUUGUGCAGUAUUUAUUUUAUCAGUGUUUCCUUCAAUCUGUUCAAAUUACUAUUAUGGAGCUAAGGUGGGAUACAUUCCAAAAACUGAUAACUGUUUUGCUACUUGACAAGUGUUUGACAUCGUUUUUGAUAUUUUAUACUUGUGGUACAUUUGAUUUUAUAACUUCCAUGGUACAUUGUAAAGUAUUUCAAAUGCACUCAGUCCCAGUCGGCUGAGUGGUUACUUCUGACUACUGAAAUGGACUCAAGUUGUCACUUUAAUUUUCUACAUAUACAGUGUAUGUGUCAGGUGUUGGAGGUUUUAAAAUCCCAUGGUGAGGUGUUGGUACAGUAUGAACCCUAAAUCAUACACGGUCCUGUACGCCUCUCACUAAUCACUUCCUGUACCAUUUUCAUGAAAUUAGAUCAGGUCAUCCCGCAAAAAAAAAAAGAUGAAAACAUUUUAAUGUAACUACCUCCUCUCUAUUUCCUUGUCUUAUGUCCUGUAAAAUGUUGACUGACAUUUUAAUAUUAAUAUGACUUAAUAAAGGUGACAACAAAAGCAGUU